AUGCCCACCCUCUACGUGAAUGCUGCGGACCCACAGCCACCAGGGACCACAGAAGAGGAGGAGGAGGAUAACGAUUAUGAGAACUCGACUCCAUCCUACAAAGACCUUCCUCCCAAGCCAGGCUGGAUGGCUCCACCCAGGCCUCCCAGGGCAGGAAAGAACGCCGAGACCCCUCCAGUUCCCCGAAGGCCCCAGAAGAUGACAGCAGCUCCAGUGCCCUGGAUCCACCGGAGGUCCCGGGCCUGCGCGUGGUGGCCGGACGAGAGGCUGGCAGGGCUCGUGUGCCUGCUGGGCAUGACCUCGCUCAUCUUGAGCUGCCUCGCCCUGGCCGUGACGCUGACUAAGUACCGGGAGGUGACCGAGGCGCUGAGAACGCUGACCGUCCAGCAGGCGGCCUGGCAGGCGAAUGUGAGUGGCAUGGCAGGACUGGCCGGCCUCCAGCAGGACAUGGACUGGCUGAGAAGUGACACUGAGCACGCCCUGGCGGAGCUUCGGAGCUUACUGGGACGCAGGCUCACCUGUCCCCACGGCUGGCUCCCCUUUGAGAACAAGUGUUACUAUUUCUCCCCAAGCACCAAGUCAUGGGACGAAGCCCGGAUAUUCUGCCAGGAGAGUUACUCUCACUUGGUCAUCAUCGAUAGCUUCGAGGAACACAAUUUUGUGGCCAACGCCCACGGCUCCCCGCGGGUGUACUGGCUGGGCCUGAGUGACAAGCAGAGAGAAGGGGACUGGAGGUGGCUGGAUGGGGCUCCUGUCACAUUAAGUUUCUGGGACCCCCAGGAACCCAACAACUUGCACGGAGAGGACUGUGCCAGCAUGAACAGAGGCGGCACCUGGAAUGACCUCUCCUGCGCCAAAACUACAUACUGGAUUUGUGAGCGAGAGUGUUCCUGCUGA